AAAAAUAAAAAAAAUCUCAGUUUCUCUCUCUCUAAAUUCUAAAUCUCUAUCUAAAACUAAAAUGGAACCUGACGACACGCGACAACUAUCACAACUCAGCUCCUACUUUCACCAUCACCACCACCACCACCACCUCCUCCCCUCCCCCACCACCGCAUCCGUCCCCUCCGCCACCGCUGCCACAUCCUCACCCACCAAUGGCCUGCUUCCACCUUCUCUUCACACCACCAACAACGACGAAGGCGCUGGGUCCCACCACCACCAACACAAUUCAAUGGUGUACCAUCACUCCGUUGCGUCUUCCGCCGUGAACUCCCCUCUGGAGCCGGCGAAGAGGAAGCGUGGAAGACCCAGAAAGUACGGAACGCCGGAGCAGGCCUUGGCCGCCAGAAAAACGGCGUCGUCUUCUAACUCCAAAGAGAAGAGAGAGCAACAACAAGACCUGUUGGUUUCUAAUUCCUCGUCUCCGUUCUCUAAGAAGUCUCAGCUUGUCGGUUUUGGAAAUUCUGGGCAAGGCUUUACUCCUCAUGUUAUUAGCGUAGCUGUUGGUGAGGAUGUUUUGCAGAAAAUCAUGAUGUUCAUGCAACAGAUUAAGUGUGAGAUAUGUAUUCUGUCUGCCUCUGGUUCGAUCUCUAAUGCAUCUCUGCGCCAGCCAGCAACAUCAGGAGGCAAUAUUACAUAUGAGGGUCGUUUUGAAAUUAUUUCAUUGUCUGGAUCCUAUGUGCGGACGGAAAUUGGAGGAAGGACUGGUGGGCUUAGUGUUUGUCUGUCUAGUUCAGAUGGCCAGAUCAUUGGGGGAGGAGUUGGUGGACCCCUAAAGGCUGCUGGUCCAGUUCAGGUUAUUGUUGGUACCUUUCAGAUUGACUCUAAGAAGGAUGUUAAUGCUGGUAUAAAAGGUGAGGCUUCUGGCAGCAAGUUGCCAUCGCCAGUUGGUGGGGCAUCAGUAUCAAGUAUUGGCUUCCGCUCACCAAUUGAAUCUUCUGGGAGAAAUCCUAUCCGAGGAAAUGAUGAUUUUCAAACUAUUGGAGUAAGUCAUUUCAUGAUUCAACCUUCUGGUAUGCAUGUGUCACCUUCACGAACAGAAUGGAGGAGUACCCUGGAUGCUAGAACCUCAGCUGGUUAUGACUUGACAGGAAGAACAGGGCAUGGAGCUCAUCAAUCUCCAGAAAAUGGAGACUAUGACCAAAUUCCAGAUUAGGAAUUGUCUUUGAAGUACGAAGAUACUAUUUUGCGGUAGAUGUAUCUGAUUCAUAGGUGCUUUUGCAAGAUCAAAUAGAUGUACAACACCCUUUGCACCCUGUCAAGAAUGUGGUAUCAUGUCUGUACAGAUCGAUGUUACUCUUUACUCUUUUUUGUCGGCUGACGCAUUUUAAAUCUUGCACCAUAAAUCAAAGGUUCAUGGCCACAAAAAUAUCCUAUGACUGCAUUUUAUUACAAAUUUUCAUAUAACCAUUUCUUUGAGAA